CACACCCUUGAAUAUUGAUCUUAUAUGUGAUUUCUUCAAUAAUAAUAAUAAUAAUGGGUGUCACAGCAACAUUCACACAUGAGUUUUGUUCCUCUGUUGCUCCGCCACGCCUUUUCAAGGGCUUGAUCACAGACUCAAGUAAUUUGCUUCCAAAGCUAUUACCACAGUUGAUUAAAGAUGUCACCAUUAUCCAAGGAGAUGGAGAAGCUGGAACCAUUGAACAAGUUAACUUUGCACAAGCUAUCCCCUUCAAAUAUCUAAAACACAGGAUUGAUGUGGUUGAUAAGGAAAACCUGGUGUGCAAAUACACUAUGAUUGAAGGGGAUCCAUUGGGAGAAAAGCUUGAGUCUAUAGCUUAUGAGGUGAAUUUUGAGGCCAAUAGUGAUGGAGGUUGCAUAUGUAAAAUGACUAGCAAAUACAAUGCCAUAGGUGAUGCUGAAAUUAAGGAGGAAGAAGUAAAGGAAGGAAGAGAAAGCUCCAUUGGAAUUUGUAGGGUUGUGGAAGCCUACCUAUUGAAGAAUCCACAAAUUUAUGCUUAAUUAUUUUAUUUAAUUAUUAUAUAUAAGAGAUGAUGAUAUACAAACUUUAUUCCAUUUUUUUAUAGAAUUUAAUUCUUAUUAAGUCCUCACUUCUCAUGUGGGUUUUGCAAAAUAUUUGUAUUUUU